AUGAUCAUCGAGACGUCGAUUACCCUCGCCACGAUUCGUCUUUCCGAUCAGACUCCCGCAACCGCCAUCCUCGAAGAUCGCGCGACGACACGCCGUCACGAACGGACGAACAUUCACGCGAGCGAUCACGACGUUCAGACGCCCCCGGAGGAGGAGGCAACUCCAUCGGAGGCGCAGGCUCGAAACGCCACAGGAGUCGAAGCCCUCCAUCGGCAAACUCUCGACGGAAGAGAUCUCGACGGGCUGGCCGUAAUAAGAGACGGUCGAAACACUCUCCCGAAUUCGAGAGGCUCGAACUCCCGCGUCGAAAUCGAGAUAGGCAUCGGUCGCCGCGCCGGCGUGGUAGGUCGGUCUCGAGAGGAUCGGAAGAAGGAUAGUAGCCAACCGGCUGCUACGGGGGCCAACAGCGUCGAGGUCAGCAUGAGCUCUCGAGGCGGAGGAGGCAGUUUUCGGGGCGGGUACCCCUCGCAGCCGGGUCCGGGCCCGUUCCCGCAUAAAGGCCCAUUCGGCAAUGACCCCCGAACAAACUAUUCUCAAUCAUCGACGCCUAAUUCAUCAUACCACAACUCCCCGACGUCACAAUCCUCAUCCUAUGGUACUGGCCAGGCCCGCCCUGGCUGGAACGGCCAACAAUUCUCACCUUCUCACCCACAACAACAGCAUCCUGGCCCCUUUCCCCCCAAUGGGCCCAACUCAUCAUCCUUCAGCCAGCCGCCCCCUACUGGCCCACAAGGCCACUACUAUUCGAACCCCUCCAGCCACUCUCCUCCUCACUCUGCUCCUACAGGUCCGAUGAACCCACAUCCUCCGAACUACCGGGGCGGAUACCGAGGGAGCUCCGGUUCUUAUCGCGGCGGUAACCAGUUUGGUUCUGCUCGAGGAGGCCAUCGAGCUCCUGGUUUCAAAUCUGGCCAGUGGAAUCCCCCGACCGGGCCUGCGCAGAGUCCGCACUCCACCCCGUCGAGUGCUGCGACUCAUGAUGCAGCUCCAGGUCCAGACAGCAGGCGGAAUGAGGCAAGCGAUGCCAAUGAGGGCAACUCCCAUCCGCAGCACUCCGAUGAGAUGCAGAUUGACGAGCCAGCGCCAGAAAGCCAACCGGACCCGGCCUCGCAACAACCUGCCCCUCCUACUGGGCCCAGCAAUAAUAAUAGUACGACACCUGGUACGGCCAGAGCUCCGCCCACGGGACCAAGUUCGUCCAAGUUCAGCUUUUCUUUCAAGCUGGCAAGCAAGCAAACCACAACACACCCCAAACCAGAGAUCUCACAAAAGUUCAAUGCCAUGCCCACAGCAAAGCAACCUCCUACUCAACCCCAGAACCAUAAUCAGCAACAACAACAACAGCAAUCACAAAAGUCAAACAAGGACCGUGACCGUGAUUUCCCCAAAGGAGUACCAACAGAACCUGCCUCAUCAAGGGCUGCGAGACGGAACCAAGAACCUCCCCAGAAGCCUAUUGUAAGGACACGCAAAGUUAAGAAGAUUGAGAGGCGCCUCCUUGAGCGGCCAAAGCUUGAUCCAGCAUUUGCGACAUCCAAGUCUGUCUUCUUCAGGAAGCCUGGCAAUGAAUCUGUUGUGGGGUCUGGCACUUAUGGUAAAGUGUUUAAGGGCCUUCAUGUCUACACUAAUACUGCAGUUGCCUUAAAGCGCAUCCGCAUGGAGGGAGAGCAGAAUGGGUUCCCAGUCACAGCAGUGCGCGAGGUCAAGCUUCUCCAGUCGCUGAGGCAUGUCAAUAUUGUCAACCUCAUGGAGGUGAUGGUGGAGAAGAAUGACUGUUUCAUGGUCUUUGAGUAUCUUGCCCACGACUUGACAGGACUCCUGAAUCACCCGACUUUCAAGCUUGACGAUGCCCAGAGAAAACAUCUCUCGAAGCAGCUAUUUGACGGUCUCGACUACCUCCACGGCAGAGGCGUGUUGCACCGUGACAUCAAAGCGGCGAACAUCCUAGUCAGCAAAGAAGGCAUCCUCAAACUCGCAGAUUUCGGCCUCGCCCGCUUCUAUGCAAAGCGCCACCAACUCGACUACACGAACCGCGUCGUCACCAUCUGGUACCGCUCCCCCGAGCUCCUCCUCGGCGAGACCCAAUACGGCCCGGCCUGCGACAUCUGGAGCGCCGCCUGCGUGAUGAUGGAGAUCUUCGUCCGCAACGCCGUGUUCCCAGGAGACGGCACAGAAGCGAACCAGCUCGAGCGCAUCUACGCAGUGCUAGGGACGCCGUCACAGGCCGAGUGGCCCGACAUCGUGGAGAUGGCGUGGUUUGAGCUGCUGAGGCCGCAGUUCAAGGUGAAGAGGACGUUUGAGGAGAAGUUUCGGGGGAGGUUGUCGCCGGCGGCGUUCGAGUUGCUGGAGUCGAUGUUUCGGUAUGAUCCGGCGAAGAGGCCGACUGCGAGUGAGGUUUUGGCGCAUCCGUACUUUACGACGGAGGAUCCCCCGCCUCGGCAAGCAAUUGAGCUCAAAGACAUUGACGGCGAUUGGCACGAGUUCGAGUCCAAGGCCCUCCGGCGCGAAAACGAACGCAAAGAAAAGGAAGCACGCAAGGCAGCCGCCAAGGAAACCUACCUCCGAGAGAAAGAAGGGCGAGAUCGGGAGAGAGACCUCAAACGGACCAUACACGACCAGGGUGACGACCACGCCAGGGAAUCCAAGAGGCAACAUACGGACAGACCGCCAAGCCGGAGCCACGACCCCGCUUAG